AUGGCGGUUUCAAGCAGUAAUAGCUUGUGGGCGAUGGCUUCUCCCAAUUCUUCCUUCUUUUCAUCAAGAAAUCCCUUUAUUUCCAUCCGCCCAUCACAUUCAUGUUCGAAACUGCGUUCUUGUUUUUAUUUUAAACAGAAUUCUUUCAAAUGUUCGAAUGAAAAUUCCCUUUCUUACUCUCCAAAUUCAGUUGCUGAUAAAGUGUUGACAGAUAUUCGAAAUUCUGGUAUAAUUGCUUGCCUUCGCGCUCAAAGUGCAGAGAUAGCAAUUGAAGCUGCACAUGCAGCACUGCGUGGUGGUAUCUCAGUUCUAGAAGUUGUGAUGUCUAACCCAGGUGUACUUGAGGUCUUAGAGCGUUUGGUCCAAGAAUAUCCUUCAAAAUCAAUAGGAGUGGGCACUGUUUUAGACGGCAAAGAUGCCAAAGAUGCAAUGAAGUCUGGAGCUAAGUUCCUAAUGGGCCCUGCAAUAGUUAAGGAUAUUUUAGAUGAUGUUACAAGAGGUCAAGCUCUGUAUAUACCUGGAGUAAUGACCCCAACUGAGAUAUUGUUUGCAUUCAAUGCUGGUGCUAAACUUGUCAAGGUAUAUCCUGUUUCUGCAUUAGGUGGCGUUCAGUAUAUAGCAGCUAUCAGAAAGCCUUUCCCCCAUAUCCCCAUGGUGGCAUCACAAGGCAUAACUAUAGAUUCGAUAGGGGACUAUAUUUCUCAGGGAGCAUCAUCAGUUGUUUUAUCAGAUGCCAUAUUCAAUAAAAAGGCACUGGAUCAACGAAAUUUCGACACAAUAUACCAGCUUGCUCACCUUGCAGCUUUACGGGGCAAUGAAGCUGUAGGAAGGAAGAAGCAAGGAUCUUAUUUUAGGCGACUGCUGCCUCUUCAGUAUGAGAGGGACAAGAGGACAGAAGUUAGCAUCUGUGCAGAUGACAUUGAAGCAGCAAGUUUUGCGGUGACAAGACAGCAAUUUCUUCUUGCUCCAUCUAUACGAGCAACCUGCAAGUCGAAAAAACUCAGAGACAAGUGA